AUGAGCGACCGCCACGCAAGCAUUGGAUUCGACGACUUCCGCACUGAGAUGACGCCGCUGGCGAACGCAGGAUUAGCACAGGGAUCACCCCUCUCGCCUAUCCUAUUUGCAUUUUUCAACCCCGACCUAGUCGACCAAACCGUCACAUUUCAGGGCGGUACAUCCGCCUUCAUCGAUGAUUACUUCCGCUGGCGAGUAGGUCGCUCAGCCAACGACAACUUGACCAAGAUUCAGUCUGAAGACAUCCCCCGCAUUGAAGCUUGGGACCAGCGUACCGGGUCUUGUUUCGCAGCCGAAAAAGCUGAACUCAUCCACAUCACUAGGAAGAGAAGCGAACAGCUUCAAGGCCAGGUGUUUAUGAACAGGAAGACAGUCGAACCGUCAUCCACCGCCAAACUGCUAGGAGUGAUCUUCGACCACGAGCUCCGCUGGAAGGACCACGUCCAGUAA